UAUGCUAAUGCUGCGGGGCGAGAGCGCGCGUGAGCAUGAUCUCGGCGGCUAUGUUGCAGUGUACUGCGCUGCGAGCAUGGCACACUGAGCAUGGAAAGGCAACGGGAGGGAAGGGGAACCCGCAAGAGACAACCCAGCAGACGGGCACCCGUACGGCUCUUGCACAGGCCCAAGUCUUCACAAUACCGAAAAGGUAGCCGUGCGCGCAACAAAGCAGCAGCACACAGCAGCGGUCGCGGUGCCACAGGGUCGCGUUUCUUGUGGACACAGUUGUUGUUCCAGCAGCAGCAACACAUUAGUACUUCGAUCCUCGGAAGCAGUAAACUGGAGAACAUCCAUCGCCCACUGCGUGGAAGUGAAGGAGCGGUUUCAAUCAUUCGCAAACCCGCAACGAACGCAACCGCAUGGUUUCUUGUUUGGCGUUUGGUGAAUUGGUGAAGCAGAAUUCAACGACCUUUUGACGUUACUCGAACGCUGCUCGCUUCCGUCCGGUGUGCAUCACAAAACGUUUGUGUGCGAGUGAGUGUGUGUGUGUGUGUGUGUGUGUGUUCGGAGUUGCAAUCCUUCCACUCCAGGUGUGUGCAGUAAAGUGCAUGGUUGCCAGUGUGUGCGCAAGCGCGUAUGUGUGUGUGUGUGCCUCGGGAAGAAGAUCUCAAGACCCAAAACGGGGGAGGCAGCAAAAAAAAGUAAGCCAAGUGUAAGCUAGAGUGUGUGUUUCAUGUGCAAACGUGUUUUGGGGCUGAUUUUCCUGUAGAAGAAUCGCUUCUCCCCCUCCACAAGUGUACCCCAAAGUAGGCUAUGAAGGGUGGAAUGGUGUCCAGUUCUAGCGCACUAGUCACGUCAGUCACGUACGAAAGCCUUUAAGCGGAUUGAGUCUGAAAUCUGUCCGUCUAGCGCGCGGAGAGUUGGAGUUCAUCCGUUAUCGGAGGCUCGGAUCUUCGCAACAAUCUCCGCAACAAGCGUGAGUGUUCAUGUUCGUGGUGGCGUGGCGGCAUCAUUCUGUACAAAAACCCGUGCUUCCCUGUCAAGAACGUAGAUUGUGCCGACGUUGCCAACACUCGGCUGUGUUUGUUUGAUAAAGCGAACGGUGAAGCGAUUGCGUUUGUCGAACGUCGCAUCUUCCAGAGCAUCGAUGGGAAUUAGUGCGCCUGUGGGGAGUGAUCGUGGUGGAGUUGCACCCAAGCAUCGAUCAACGUAAACUGUCUCGAGGUGGAACUAAAAGCAAUCUCCUCGUCGUACGAUGCGCGCUAACGCACCGACAGCCAACUUGACGCAGCAGGAAGUGAUCGGUACGGAACGUGGCUACAAUAUAGCACCAGUGUGCGAAUCGGCCCGGUGCUAACGUGUCGAUCGGGUUAGGAACUACUUCAGAACUUUGCGAACUUCUACCGCCCACGGGGCAGAACAAAUCACACAAAAUCGCAUCCAUGUUACCGCCCAACCGAUGGAGGAAGCUGUAAAUCAUCUUACAAAUUCACAAUCAACAGCCAAAACGAUGGCGAACGAUGGUGGUGUCAUCCCGGAGUACUGUACGCUGCCGCGACCGGCGGCACGAACCCGGCCAGACCCAGCCGAGCAUCAGCACGUCGCAGGCUGGCGUGCAACUGGCGGUGACCACUUCUACACACUGCGGCCCGCGAAACCCGCCCCAGCGAUGGGUGGUGUGGGCGGUCGUAUAAAACCCACCGCCGCUGGCGGCAGCAGCAGCUUCCGGAAGGUACCGACCGCGGAAGAUCUGGCCGAAGAAUCGCCGAACCGGAGCCUGCUGCUGUACGAGCAGAACAUGAGCACGUUCGAGAACUUCUGCGAGCGGCGCAACAGUGAGCGGCAGCUACAGCAACAACCGCAUCAGGCGGAAGAGGAGGAGCAAGAGCAGGAUUCGGGUCAGCUGGCGCCGGAAAGUUUGGGCAACUUUUGCACGCUGCGGAAGGGCCGGCGCACGCGCAAUGGAGCCGACGUGAGACGGGAGAAGGGCCCGUUCGGUGGGGCGUACUGCACGCUGAAGAAGAAAAAGCUGCAGCUGAAUAGGAAAUUUGUGGAAAGCUUCCUGGAGGACCCGAACGCGAAGGUGGUGGACUAUCUGUCCGAGCUGGACGCGUACCUGGACGAGAUGGACGGUGGUGUGGACGACGAGGACGACGCAGAUGAUGAUGAUGAGGUGGCGACGGCGAUGAGUGAUGACAGUGACAGUGCUAGUGCGGGGAGUGAGGAUCGCCACGCCAGCGAGACGGUGCUGCAGCUGGCCAGUGAGUGUCAGAACGGAGGCAAGCGGGAAGCAGAGCAAGUGGGUGAAAGUUUACAGUAUUAUCAACCGAGCGAGGUGCGACGGCGGGCGGCCGGUGAGGCUAGUGAGAGUGGUGUGUCGUUUGGUGAGCUGUACCAGGAGGAUCGCAUCAAGUUCGGUGACAUCAAGCAUUUCUGCACGUUGCCGAAACAGAAACGGACGCAGUUUUUGAACGCGUUCCGGCGCGGUGCGUCCCUGCGCAGGUCGGUCGUUGGUCCAAAGCCGACGAACGAUGACGGUGAACGGAGAGCUCAACACAAUCCCGAAAGGAAGACGGUGACGGGUGAUGAGCGAACGGAGAGCAGGCACAAUACUAAUGAGCACGAAGCAGCAUCGACCGGCAAUUCGCUACCCCGGCACGGUCCAUCAUGGGACGAAAGCGCUGCACCUCAUCACCAUCGCAGCUGGCAUCGGAAUUCGAUGCGCAAGAAGCACCUGAUCGAACUGCCCGAACAGGACACCGUGGCCGCGGCUCCAUCCAACACAGCCAGCCAGGAAUCGCUGCUCGAGGCUAACGAACUCAGCUCGAUUAGCACGCUGCCGGUGGACGAAGUACCUGCCACACUUGACCCGAUUGGUGCGUCCCUAGUGGUUGCGCUACCUCCCUCGCCGGUGCCGUUUGUAGAGCGAACCGAACGGGAGCAGAUCGUAGCUUCCGCACCACCUGCCUCCCUGUCCUCCUCUCCCCAACCACCACAACUGCUCGAAACCGAUCUGGACGGGAUGCUGGUGCAGGAGCGGCCAAGACAAGCCGGUCGCCGGGCACAGUCACAGCCCCGCAUCGGUUCGAUUACGGUCGUGCGGGAUGCGGCCACGAACGAGCUCAUCAUACGCACCAACAGUGUGCCGGGACAGCCACCGACGGCACCACCGGCCGAGGAGCUGCUGACCCAAUUGCACCAUGAAAUUCAUCACCCGCAGCAGAACCGUCAGCACCAUCACGGUCGAUACGUGGCCGAGUCGGAGGAGGGCAGCUCGAUGGGCAGCUCGCGCAAUCCGAGUCCGGUGUCGCUGCUAUCUACGACAACUACCUGUAGCUCGAUAGCAUCGGCCGCUGAUAACGCGAACGACAGGACUUGCCGAACGUUGGAACAACCGGUCGAUGGAUCAACUGAGACAGGGUCUGCUCCAUUCUCACGCGGUGUUGAUGUGCGAGAUGAAAAUGCCUCUAUCGGCAGCAGUGCGCAGCCAAUCCGCUCCUCAUCCAACGGCCGAAGACAGCGCAACUCCUCGGAAGUGCAACAGCGCAGCGCCUCCACCACGACUCAGGCCGCCGAACCGGCCACUGCCUCAACCGCACCGACUGCCGGCGGCGGCAACAACAACGAAAACGACGAGUCCGACACGGAAGCAAGCCCACAGCGGAGCAGCAGCCGGCGCAGUGACGGCCGACCGAAGGCACGCUGGCCACACGCCAUCUCGCGCUCGCUAGCCACCACCUUCUGCACCCUCGGACUGUUUAACAUCUCACGCUUUGCCGUGUUUAGCGUCCAUUUCGGUGCUAAUUUUGUGGUGCAGUUUCUACUCUUCUCGCUCCUGUUCGGCAUCCCGAUGCUGUGGCUGCAGAUGGUGCUGGGUGCGCGCAUCCGAGGCGGCCCUGUUACGAUGUGGCGCAUCAGCCCGAUCUGCAAGGGGAUCGGGAUAGCGCUGCUGCUUGCCCAGACCCUCAUUGCGCUGUACUCGGCCAUUUCGCUUGCCUGGGUGCUGGUGUACUUUCGGGAUGCGUUCAUCAUGCGCAACGAGAAGUACCGCUGGCAGGAACCGUUCGAGGCGUACCACAGUGGACGGGACAAUCAAUCCUACCGGCUGCCGGAUACGGUGGCGGACUACUUCAACGGCGUCGUACUGCAGCGCUACUAUCUCGCCCAUCAGGCAGUGUCCAGCUCCCUGCCGACCGGAUACGGUGGGCGCAAUCUACCACCCGUCUCACAGUCGACCUCUCGUACCAGCGGCAUCGGAGCGAUACGCUUUCAGCUCGCGUUCAAUCUGGCCAUCAUCUGGACGUUCGUGUUUGUGGCACUGUGCCGCGGCAUUCGCUCACUGGGGAAGAUCACCAUCGGCGUGUUUGUUGGCGCGUUUGCGGCACUUACCGCCGUUUGUGCCAAGUUCCUCACGUUCAUCGACUACGACAGCGUGCAGAACAUCUUCCCGGCAACGGAUUGGCAGGACUUCUUUCUGAACUCGCGCAGCUGGACCAGCGCGGCACAGGAAACGUUCCUAACGUGGGGCCUGCUCGGGGUGUCGAUCUACGCACUGAACUGUCGCAGCAAUCGGAAGGGAAGCUGCAAUGUGCGGACACGCCGGGAGCUGCGGCGUGAUGCGUUUCUGGUCGCGUUCAUUACGCUCACCGUGCUGAUACUUGCCGCCGUCCUUGGUAGUGCUUGUGUGCAGAUUCUCAACAGUCGCGGUUACUACUACUUGCCUGGGUCUUAUGAAAACCUAGGCACAAACGUGUUCCUGCGGCCGGCUAAUCAACCACUACCGCCACAACACGCGACCAUGCCCAAUCGGUGGCUGCUUCGCUACUCGACCGUGGUAGGUGAAAGCUUCAAGCGAUCGUACGCCGAUCCGAGUCGUGAGUCAGGCUACCAGGCACUGCGGCUUGUGACCGAGCUGCUACCCGCCGCUCUUGCCGCCGCCACACCGGAACACAUUGCCCCGAUCUGGGGCAUGAUCGGGUAUCUAGCGCUCGUACUGUUCGGGCUGGGACAGCUGUGCGUGAUGUGGAAACCGAUCGCCGGUGCUAUCGGUGACGCACCAUCCUCCAUCCUGCUGAGCUGCGUCACGGGCCUACUGCUCGGGAUGCCCCUGGCAACGGAAGGUGGCAUCCAUAUUGUGCACUAUCUCGACACGAUCCUCGGUGCUGCCUGGUGGCUACUGCUGCUCUGGAUCGGUCACAUUCUGGCACUGUUUCUCGUGCGCGGUCGUCCUUUCACAAGUGACAUUCUAGUCAACGAUCUGCAGAUGCUGCAAUCGUUUUCGGCCUUCGUGGCGUUCGCGUGGAACUUCCUCAUCCCGAUCGGGCUCAUCUUUCUGUGCAUCCUCCAGUACCGGCUGUCGAACAGUGCGGCCCUCUUCAACUGGUCCUCCGCAUCGACGGUGGCGGCCGCCGCAUCGACAUCGGCCACGGGCGCCAGCAACUACUGGCCGCUGUGGGCUCGCCAGGUCGGUGGGUUCGUGCAGGUCAGCUUUCUCCUUCUGGUGCCGGUCGUCAUGGUGAUCCAAAUCUAUCGCUACCUUUGCCGCGGUCCGCCCGACAUAUUGGACCGUGUGGAUUUACUGCUGCGACCAGCGAUAUAUGGCGACACCGGCAACUCGCUCCGUAUGAUGCAGACGCGCCGGGCGGCUGUAUCGUCGCCGCUGCAACGCACGCGCAACGGUGGCGCUGCUGGCGGCCGGGACAGCUCCGAACCGACCAUCACCAUCUCGAUGGAUUCCCGCUCGGUGCGGGAUGCGGAUGACGCUCCGCCUAAGUACACACCGCCACCCUCCUACACCACAGCGACCGGGGCGCGCAUUGCCAAGCUGCUGCGCAAUAGCAUACGCCGCAGUGUGCGCCGUCUGAUGGGCGAAACGAGCGGCAGUGCACCGUCCGUACGGCAACGUACCGCCCUACCGCAAACGGCCCCUGACAGUCUCGGGGCGAACCCGUCCACGGGCGAUGAACUGCCGCCGCCCGACUACUGUUCCGCUUUGCAGCAAUUCGGUGGUCCGUGCGCCAUGCCAAUGGCUGGACUCGAGCUAACGAACCACCAUCCGUCGGCGGUGGCACCGCGCAUCCUCUACAACUCGGCCACGCUGGGCAGUGGCCGCCGGUACCGUUCGCUCAAUGCAGCGGGCGAACCGACAGCCGCACAGCCAACAUCAUCAUACCCGCCAAGCUUUACCGCGUCCGACGUGCGGCAGGUUCUGCGCCCAGGCACGACCACCACCGUUGCACCAACGUCCGCGAACGGCGGCGCAGGCUUCACGCAAACACUGCGCAACACGCUGCUGCGCCGUGGCCACUCGAUGGAGAAUCUGGUGCUGGCGGCGGCCCCGCUCGGCGACUCGAGCAUCAUCACACUGCACGGGGAGGACGAUGACGACGAGCAUCACGGAUACGGCGGUGACAAUAACGGAUCGACGGGACGGGAUUCGGUGAUAUAGAAGCAGAAAGACCUCAUCGAGGGAGGAGGGGGCUCAAAAUAGUAAUCACAAACUAACGUAUAGGCACCUGUUUAAGAGGCGAGAUUAUAGAUUACUUAGCAUCUUGUAGAUGGUAGUUAUAGUAAGCUCAACGAUAACGAUUUCGGAACGAUAAUUCCCAUAUUCCGCACUGCUGCUGCUGCUAGCUGCAAUCAUUGAUUCUAGGAGUAUCGGCUUUGCUCUAGGGUACAACCACUUCGUUUGUACACGACACGACGCUGUGAGGAGUUUUUUCUCUUUAAUAAAAACAAAUCGUUUAUUUAUUGGUUCCAUUUAAA